GGCCCCGCGCCACUGUCGCAGCAGUGGACGGCCGGCAUGGGCCUGCUGAUGGCGCUCAUCGUGCUGCUCAUCGUGGCGGGCAACGUGCUGGUGAUCGUGGCCAUCGCCAAGACGCCGCGGCUGCAGACGCUCACCAACCUCUUCAUCAUCUCCCUGGCCAGCGCCGACCUGGUCAUGGGGCUGCUGGUGGUGCCGUUCGGGGCCACGCUCGUGGUGUGGGGCCGGUGGGAGUACGGCUCCUUCUUCUGCGAGCUCUGGACCUCGGUGGACGUGCUGUGCGUGACGGCCAGCAUCGAGACCCUGUGCGUCAUCGCCCUGGACCGCUACCUCGCCAUCACCUCGCCCUUCCGCUACCAGAGCUUGCUGACCCGCGCGCGGGCGCGGGCCCUCGUGUGCACCGUGUGGGCCAUCUCGGCCCUGGUGUCCUUCCUGCCCAUCCUCAUGCACUGGUGGCGGGCCGAGGGCGACGAGGCGCGCCGCUGCUACAACGACCCCAAGUGCUGCGACUUCGUCACGAACCGGGCCUACGCCAUCGCCUCGUCCGUGGUCUCCUUCUACCUGCCCCUGUGCAUCAUGGCUUUCGUGUACCUGCGGGUGUUCCGCGAGGCCCAGAAGCAGGUGAAGAAGAGAGCCCUGCGCGAGCAGAAGGCGCUCAAGACGCUGGGCAUCAUCAUGGGCGUGUUCACGCUCUGCUGGCUGCCCUUCUUCCUGGCCAACGUGGUGAAGGCCUUCCACGCCAACCUGGUGCCCGACGGCCUGUUCGUCUUCUUCAACUGGCUGGGCUACGCCAACUCGGCCUUCAACCCCAUCAUCUACUGCCGCAGCCCCGACUUCCGCAAGGCCUUCCAGCACCUGCUGUGCUGCGCGCGCCGG